AUGGAUGAACUUUUUACUCAUGUGUGUUGUGUUAAGGUAGAAAGCAUAAAUAAUUUUCGUGAAUUAUUAGAUAGUAAACGAGGUAUGCAUGUAUCCUGGAUAUUCAAGCUAUGUGUUGGUGGCGGAAUUAUACUGGCGAUAUUGAUAAUAAUAAUAUUUCCAAUAAUAUGGUUUUCGAUGUUUGAAAGUAAACCAGACACACCGUCAUCAAUGGAAUUGACUGUAACAUUUGGAGAAGAUUCAACUGUUUUUUCCAGCAAACUAGAUAUUCCAGAUCUAAUAUUAAUAAAACAGAUAUACUUAAACUCAUCGAAAGAAAAUAGAGAUAGUAUUUCGGAAUUUCUAUAUCAAUACGAAUAUGAUGAAAUAAGCUCAAUGAACGUAAUGCCACAGUCUAUAAAUACACGGCCCAUUACCACUUAUGAGUUCAACAAAUUUAAAAAGAUUAUUCUUACAAGUUUCAGUAUUAAAAUUUCAGCAGAAUGGGCAUUGACGCACCACGAUGGUGUUAAGGUGAGUCGUGGAAAAAACACAGUCAUGAUGACUGAUUACACUCAUUCAGUAUUGGCCAAUUGUCUCAAUAAUAUGUUAAAUAAAAGUUCUAAUGAUGUACCUGGUUCUUGUAAGCAAGUGGUCAUACCCAAUCUAUUGCCAAAAUUUUUAGCAUUGUUUUUAAAAUCUACUGAAACGGUAGUAAGUUCGGAAUUGAUGAUUCAUAACCCAAGCAAGUCUAAAGUAUUUAUAAUAGUUUUUUUUAUUUAUUUGGCAUAUCAUGUAUUCGUGUGUGAUUGA